GUUGAAAACGUGGAAAAAUUGUAAAAUGAAAUUAAAUACAACUUUAGUGAAUUAUUUUGAAAUAUAUUAUAUAAAUUAUAUAAAAAUAGAAUCUUUCAAAAUAUAAAAAAAAUGAAAGUUUAAUAAAAAGGAUUAAAAUAUUUAAAAUAAUAAAAAACCUAAAAAUUAUAAAUAAAAAAUGUAAAGUAAGGCAAAAAUGUUUUGAAAUUACUAAAAAGUACGGAGUAUGAAAAAUAAGGCUUUUACCUUGAGUGUUGGCAUGGACACCAUUAAUGUAUGGACCUCUCCCUUAAUGCGUCGGGCACCAAUCACGGGCCUCAACCUUGGUUAAGUGUUUUUGACUUCGAUAGUUGGGUCAGCUAGGCUUCCUUGAGUGGACAUUGUCUUUAAUUAGGCACUAGGUAUGUGAUACUCCGUAAUAUACUCCAUCACAAGUUCCCACUCUCCGAACCUAGAAUUUUAGAAUUUGCUUGGUAGUUGUGCCGAUGACAUUCAACCUUUGAUCUCGUCCAUCACGACGGCAAAGCAAGCUUGGGACAAGCUCUCCCUCACCUAUGCGAGUACAUCCCGAGCCAGAAUCAUCUCCCUCAAAACUGCUCUCUCUCGGACUACAAAAGGGGGCCGCUCUAUCACCGAAUACGUUGCUGAAAUGUACGCCAUUUCUGAGCCAUUGGCUCUAGUCAUCAACAUCCUCCCUCAAUGGCCUUGUCCGGAUUAUGGUGAACUUCGCUCGGCAACACACCUUGCGGAACUUCAGGAUAUCUUACUGGAGCAUGAACAAAAACUCCAGGAAGCAGGUACGUCGUCGUCGGUGCAAAUCUUGUACCCACAGUCCACUACACGCAUGCUCCAGGACGCUCGUUUGACUCCCCUUUGCCCACUGAUCGCCGGGGUCAUCAUGCUCGACGUGGUCGUGGUGGACACGGUCAUGGUCAGUCCAAGAACCCCCAGUCGAAUGGUGUUAUCGGCCGGUUUUGCGAUUUUUCCGGGCAUGAGGUCCAACAAUGCCGGAAAUUACAGCGGUUUCUUCCGUCCAAGAAUUUCUUGGAUUGGUAGUGCUUUACGUGGGCCCAUGUAGCUAGUCUUAAAAACAUUCGCUUCUUGUUUUACUCCUUCCGUUCCCAAAAAUACUUCCCACUUUGCUGUUCCCAAAAAUACUUCUCAUUUUCCCAUUUUGAACAAUUUGUGUGGCUCACAUUCAUUUUACCUUUUUCUUACACAAUCACAACCAUACAUUUCCACUUUAUUCCACUUUCUUAAUAAGCGUGCCAAGUCAAAUCGGGAAGAAUUUUUAGGAACGGAGGGAGUAUUAAAUUCAAAAAGUUACGAACUUGUUUUCUUUUAAAAUUUUACUCCGUAACAGGGAGUAUUUUUUUCAAGUUUGGCACGUUUGAAAGGUUUUUUACUUUUUUAUUUGUUCAUUUAUUUAUUUUUUUGAUCGUUUAUUUGUUCAUUUAUUAAAGAGGUAUAAUAUGAUAUAAAGUUUUACGUUUAGGAUUUAUGUGUUGGAUGUGUGGGCAUACUAGGAAGGAACGCGUGAGGAAUGAGAUAAUCAGACAAAGGGUGUGAGUAGCACCUAUUGAAGACAAGAUGCGAGAGUCGCGCCUACGGUGGUUUGGUCAUGUGCGUAGAAGACUGAGUGAUGCAUCUGUUAGGCGAGUUGAGAUGUGUGAAAAAGAGGCAGGGAAGAGAGGGAGAGGAAGACCCAAACAGACGUGGGUUAGGGGAGUUCGAAGUGAUAUGCUUCUUCUGGGGUUGGAUGAGAGCAUGACUUUGAAGAGAACUAAGUGGAGGGCGGGUAUUCACGUGAAGGAGUGAUCUUGAUAAUCUUUUUCCCUCAUCUUUUUUUUCCUAGUUUUUUUAUCCUUAUAUAUAUAAGCAUUAUUUGCAGCAUUUUUAUUUUAUCAUUUUUAUAUUUAUUCAUCUUUUUUUAUAUUAUCUUUUCAUAAUAGC